UAUGAAUGAUGUCAUCAAGAAAGUGAAGAAGAAGGGAGAAUGGAAGGUUCUGGUGGUUGACCAGCUGAGUAUGAGAAUGCUGUCAUCAUGCUGCAAGAUGACGGACAUCAUGACGGAAGGGAUUACUAUUGUUGAAGACAUCAAUAAACGGAGAGAGCCACUGCCCAGUCUGGAGGCCGUGUACUUAAUCACUCCUUCUGAAAAGUCAGUACAAACAUUGGUUGGUGAUUUUAAGGAUCCCCCCUCUUCAAAGUAUAGGGGAGCACACGUCUUCUUCACAGACUCCUGUCCAGACCCCCUGUUCAAUGAGGUGGUUAAAUCUCGAGCUUCCAAGAUGAUCAAAACCCUAACUGAAAUCAACAUUGCUUUCCUCCCAUACGAGUCUCAGGUCUAUUCCCUGGACAACUCUGAUGCAUUCCAGAGCUUCUAUAGCCCACAUAAGACUCAGCUAAAGAACCCCGUGAUGGAGCGUCUAGCAGAACAAAUUGCAACUCUCUGUGCCACCUUGAAGGAGUAUCCAGCAGUGCGAUACCGAGGAGAGUACAAAGAUAAUGCCACUCUGGCUCAGUUGGUUCAAGACAAGUUGGACGCCUACAAGGCUGAUGACCCAACCAUGGGAGAAGGACCAGAUAAAGCCCGUUCUCAGCUGCUGAUUCUGGACCGUGCCUUUGAUCCAGUGUCACCAGUCCUUCAUGAACUCACCUUCCAGGCCAUGAGCUAUGACCUGCUUCCUAUUGAGAAUGAUGUCUACAAGUAUGAGACAAGUGGUAUGGGGGACUCAAGAAUGAAGGAAGUGCUAUUGGAUGAGGAUGAUGAUCUCUGGAUGGCCCUGCGACACAAGCACAUUGCUGAAGUCUCCCAGGAAGUCACCCGCUCUUUGAAAGAAUUCUCUGCCAGUAAGAGGAUGCAGACAGGAGAGAAGACCACCAUGAGAGAUUUGUCUCAGAUGCUGAAGAAGAUGCCUCAAUACCAGAAGGAGCUGAGUAAGUACUCAACUCAUUUGCACCUGGCUGAAGACUGCAUGAAGCACUACCAAGGUACUGUGGACAAGCUCUGCCGUGUCGAACAGGACCUGGCAAUGGGCACAGAUGCGGAGGGUGAGAAGAUCAAAGAUCCCAUGAGGGCCAUCGUCCCCAUUCUCUUGGAUGCCAAUGUUUCUACUUAUGACAAGAUCCGCAUUAUCCUUCUGUACAUCUUUUUAAAGAAUGGAAUUACAGAGGAGAAUCUGAACAAACUUAUUCAGCAUGCCCAGAUCCCACCAGAGGAUAGUGAGAUUAUCACCAACAUGGCACACUUGGGAGUGCCCAUCAUCACUGAUUCUACACUGCGUCGCCGUAGCAAGCCAGAGCGCAAGGAACGUAUCAGUGAGCAGACAUACCAGCUCUCCAGAUGGACGCCCCUAAUCAAGGACAUCAUGGAGGAUGCAAUUGAAGACAAACUGGACACCAAGCACUACCCCUACAUUUCCACACGGUCCUCUGCCCCAUUUAUCACACACCCCGUCAGCGCUCGGUAUGGACACUGGCACAAGAACAAGACCCCAGGCGAGUAUCGAACUGGCCCAAGGGUGCUGGUCUUCAUUAUUGGAGGUGCGUCUUUCAAUGAGAUGCGCUGCGCCUAUGAGGUGACACAGGCCAAUGGCAAAUGGGAAGCCAUCAUUGGAUCCACCCACAUCCUCACACCAACUAAAGUCCUUGAUGCACUCAAGAAGAUGACCAAACCUGAUGAAGAGGUUGCCGGAUAGAUAGUCAGCAGUCUCUCACUCUCUCUCUUUCUCCGACUUCUUUUCGUCUGUACCCUACACCUCUGAACAUCCCUCUUCUGAAUGACCAAGCCAAAGGCCUGCUGUCCGAUGCCAUCACAGUGACAUCAUGGGUCCCUUUCCCCCCCCCGCUACAACACGCGAUCCUUGCUGCAGGAGCGGAUUGAUGCUGAACACCGGUGGCUUCUCUUUGUGGGUGGACUCCAGGCCUCUAACUGCUGUAAUUUCCAGAUGUAACAUAGUUCCCUUGGACCCCUCUCCAAUGCCAUUGCACAACAGUUUUAUUAGGUUUCCUGGUUAACUUGAUAGCGUAAUAUAUUUGUGUUUUGGUGGAAUUAGCUGAGCUGCAGGUUUCCGGCAGUGCUUUAAUUAAAACUAAAUCCUAUGGGGAAUCAGCCAGCUGAAAAAUGAAACGAUCGCAAUGCUCAUAGUUUAAAACUAUGAAUGUCUGCCCCUUCCUCUCAUAUAAACAGGCCACGUGAUACAUGACACAGUCACCAUUUCACCCCUCUGCUUAAACCCGUUCCCUAGAAGGACUUGGGUUUCUCAUUUUAUGAGUCUCUGCAAAGCUAUUCACCCAAAAAAUUCCAGUGUUUAACAAAAUACAGAUUAUCUUACCUGGAUGACCACCAUCUUAGAACCUUAAAUUAGAAAGUGCAACUCCUCCAUGGACAACUGCAGAAUUAAAAAACUGCCUUCUUCACUAUCCCCAAUCAUUCCAGGACCUUAGGGAAGUUUACGCUGAUCUUUGCUGGGCCCAUUUUUCUGCUGACUACCAAGUUGGACUAUUCUCCUAUAAAUACUUAACUAAGCUUGUAGUGUCCCCGGUCAUUGCUUGCAGGGCCAAUGGUAUUUCAGUAUUGUAUUUAGUCUCUGGCUAGUGUUUUGGCUGCAGCCUCGCACUGGGCUGUCUAGUGUGUGUGUGCGUGCGUGUGUAGCACCAUUUGUCCCGUUCUAGUCUCCUAGUGAUGCCCGCUUUGUGAAGUUGUGCCCCUUCCGAUUGUUUGCAUUCCUGUGGUGUCUGUAAUGUUUCCCUUUGCAUCGUAGUAAACUGAGAGCCCAUUUUGCCUUUCUUUGUGGUGCCCAGAAAUCAUCUUCCUGAAUGAAGGCUUUGAGUCCCUACCCUGACCCACUAAUCCAGUCUUGUUAAUAUUUUUCCACUUUAUGUUGAGAUUCGCAACCCACCCUUCUUGCCAGCUGUGACACGCACGGAGAGCUUUUGUGAUGCAUUGCUUCUGAACUUCUUUUGUCUUCUUUGUAAGUUUUUGUUUUUUUAAGUUGUAAAGCAGAUCACUGUGUUGACUUAUUGAUUUGUAUAAAAAUUAUUUAUCAAAGGAAAUAAUAAAAGGUAGUCUGUCUUGAACCCA